UGCUCCAUCUGUUCUGCAGCUCAUUGUGCAACUUUUCCUGCUCUGCUAGGAAAGAAAAUUCAGCUCUGACCGGCACUCGGACGCAGAGGAGGGAGGCUGGAGUUGCUCUGUGCUCCUCCUGCAGCUUCAUCAGCCUUGGAUGUAGAUGCUGAGGAAAUUUGCAACUUAUUUCUCACUUAUACCUGCACUGUUUUUCUUUUGUUUUAAGGAUCUAAAUAUGAGUUAACAUCCCUUGCUUGAUUCUUUGUUGAUCUUUUAAGGCUUGUUCUCCCUCUGUUUUCGUUCAGAUUAAUGUGCUGUGGCGUGGCCCCCGCAACAACCCGCUGCAGCCAGACUCCCCCAAAAAAGCGGGGAAUCCAUUAAUUAUGACACCGAUGACUCAAGCUUUGUGAGAGGGCUUCUAUCUUCGGGUGUGCUGGAUGUCUGUGACAGAUCCAUGGGUCAGAAGGACCAUGUGGAGGCAGGCCACAUCCUCGACCUGGGGCCGGAUUUGGAGUAUCUCCACGUAGCUGGGGCCGACCGGCAGGCUGGCGGCACUGACGGAGCCCCUGCUAUGGAGGAGCAGGGGGAGUGCUCCGGUAGCAGCAGCACCGCCAAUUCCCCUCCGCCGGCCGCAGUGGAGGAAAAUUCUGGGCCCGAUGCCGAUUGCGAGCCGGCAUCAUCUUCCAGCUCCGCCCUUGCUGCCGGCCCCGACGCGGUUGGAGGAGAGGGAGCAUCAACUCACGCUAAGAACACCCACCAGCCACUUUGUCGUACCCAGUGUGUGGACUUGGGCACCGAGGGGCCUCCUGAACCCCCAUCUGAACUCUCAUCUGGGCAUGAACAUGAUACUCCUGUGCAAUGUCCACCCAACUCCCCGUGCAAGAACCCCUCCGAGCCCCGGCCCAGUCCGUCCAAAUCGGAGCCAGCGUCUGCGGCCGGCGGGAAGGAGUACCGGGCUAAGCUGGAGUUUGCCCUGAAGCUGGGUUAUUCUGAGGAGACAGUGCGACUGGUGUUGUCCAAGCUGGGCCCUGACACCCUCAUCAACGACAUCCUGGGAGAGCUGGUCAAGCUGGGAACCAAGUCGGACAGCGAGCAGCCGGCCGGAUCGUUGGCCUCCACUUCAUCCUCUUCAUCCUCCUCGUCAUCGUGCGGUUGCUCUGAUUUGCUGGACGGCCAGAGGUCGGACUCGCCCUGUCUCUCAGACCCUCUGUGCGACCAGGACAACCUGCGGCCGAUUGUGGUGGACGGAAGCAAUGUCGCCAUGAGUCAUGGCAACAAGGAAGUGUUUUCUUGCCAGGGCAUCCAGCUGGCAGUGGAUUGGUUCCUCGAGCGUGGCCAUCAUGACAUCACAGUGUUUGUGCCCGCAUGGAGAAAAGAGCAGUCCCGCCCCGAUGCCCCUAUAACAGAUCAGGAGAUCUUGCGUCGCCUGGAGAAAGAAAAGAUCCUGGUCUUCACUCCCUCACGGCGCGUCCAAGGACGGCGCGUGGUCUGCUAUGACGACCGCUUCAUUGUCAAGCUGGCAUAUGAGUCAGACGGCAUCAUCGUCUCCAAUGACAACUAUCGAGACCUGGCUAACGAGAGGCCCGAGUGGAAGAAGUUCAUCGACGAGCGGCUGCUCAUGUACUCCUUCGUCAACGACAAAUUCAUGCCCCCAGACGACCCUCUGGGCCGUCAUGGCCCCUCCUUAGACAACUUCCUGAGGAAAAGACCUGUCAUGCCUGAGCAGAAGAAACAGCCUUGUCCAUACGGGAAAAAGUGCACUUAUGGCCACAAGUGUAAGUACUACCACCCAGAGCGAGGUGCACAGCCUCAGCGCGCCGUGGCUGACGAGCUGAGAGCCAGCGCCAAGACCUGCGUCACCACGAAGAACCAGGGAGACGCUGGGCUGGUGAAGAGCCACAGUGUGCCAGCUGGCAGCAUUGAGGCAAAGAAAGGGGCCCCGAAGAGGCAGUCGGACCCCAGCAUCCGAGCUCUGUCGUACAGUGACGCUGAGGAGAAGCUGCUGGCAAAAGGGAGGGUGGAGAGCCAAAAGAGCAGUUUGUGUGGUGGCGGCAGUUGCAGUUCCAGCAGCAGCAGCUGCAGUGGGAGUAGCACCAUGGCCCCGGCCCCAGGGGGCCCUCCAUCCAGCCUUAACCUCCCCCAGGAUCACCAGUCCAGAGCAGUCACUCCUCACAGUCUCCUCCCAGUCUCCAGCCACGACCUCUACCCUCACUGUGAGUCCCCUGACCUGAGCUACUACUCAGUUAUGCGUGCCUACUCUGGCCUGAGCCUGUCCUCCAGACGGAGCCCAGACUGUCGCUUCCCCAACGACACGGACCUGCGGCUGGGCUCGUUUGGCUCCGCGGGUUCCGAGUGCGGCAGCGAGAGCAGCACGAGUUGCGGCAGCAGCUGUGACUCGUACAGCGAGAGACCAUGUCCUGGAUGUCCCCCAGAGACCUUACUGGAAGACAACCUCCAUUUCUCGAACCCCCACAGCCGCCUGUACCCCCAUCACACUGCAACAAACCAUGAACUCGGUGGUCUCCACCACGCGGAUUACACAAAUAUCCAGCACAGCCACACGACUAACACCAGCAUUCACAGUUACCACCUGAGCUUGACACGUGGGCAGAGUUGUGCUCACGAUCAACCGCUGCCAGAGGCUCCGCCCAAGCGUCCUCUGUACUCCUUACCCCCUCAUCUCCAGCACCAGCAGCUGGCCGCACGCUCCAGCUGCCCGGGCGACUACCACUCUCUGUCGCAGCCCAACCCUCACCCCCCUGGCUCUCCUCUUGGCCGCUGCCUGGCCCCCACGCGAGCAGAGAGUGUGUCGGACUCGCAUCUGUACGAACACCUCUCGACGUCGCAGCAUCACCACCGACCGAAGGCUCUGCCCAGCUGGGACACGUACUACAGACAGCCGUUACCACCGUCCAGAUACGAGCCGUCAGCCUAUCAGAGCCUGCCAGACACGCGGCAGUCGUCCUGGCACACCCCUCCCUGGGCGCAGGACGGGUACGCCCAGCAACACUCCUCUCACCCAGCUCUCCACCCGUCCCCGACGCAUUACCUUAAUCACCCUCCACCUCCCGCCCUCUCCCCUCAUCCUCCUCAUCCAUCCAGCACCCCUCUUCCGCCCUACCCUCCGCACAGCGCUCACCUGACGGUGCCCUCCCACACUCCUCCCUCCUACAUGCCACAGCACUCGGAGUCCCCGGCGCACAGCUGCUACGGGGACGUUAGGGAGAAAGUGUUCAUCAAUCUGUGCAACAUCUUUCCCUCGGAGCUAGUCAGCCGGGUGAUGGCCAGGAGCCCCCACGUCACAGACCCCCAGCAGCUGGCAGCCGCCAUCCUGGCAGAGAAGGCCCAGACGGGCUACUGAAGAAUAAGAAAAUAAAAACGUGGUUCGCAUCAGCGGACAAACAUGAAUUUGCCUUUGAAACUCUUGAAAGCAUGUUGGAAUGCUGGAAAACUUUUGUCUGCAAGGAGAGCAUGAUCUCGUCUUAUGAAGUUGCUGAAGAGAAUCCAAACCCGGCUCGAGUCACUGUGCAACGACUACUUAAUCCACUCGUGUGGAAAAAUGGAGUGGAAAUCUGUGACUUUUACACCAAGUGCAACUUGAGAAGAUUGUUCCACACGUGCUCGAUUGUAAUCUCUUUUUCUGUGAUUUCAUUCGUAGCUUCCCAUGAAGGAAUGCAUCGACAUUUUAAGGCACUUUUUUAUUUUACAGCCCCAAUCUUAAGGUGUUUGUUUCACAUCCAAAGCAAACGACAUGAAGGGUUAUUUCAUUUAUGACCCAUCGUGUGCACUGUACACUUAUACUCAGAGCUGAGUCAAACAGUGUUUGGAAAAUGUUUUUCUUGCAUGUGUGUAGCACCAGUCAGAUGGGAUUUUCUAUUUAUAACUAAAACAAAAGCAUCAUAAAUAUUCAAACUUCCCUUCACAUGUUUCCUUUUUUGUUGCAAAAUCCCAUCUGUUUCAAACGACUAUUUGACAUCUGUGUAUCAUAUUAACCUCUUCCUGUGUGCUGUGCAGCUGUCGUGUGGGGUUUUUUUCAUGUCGGUGAAGACGUUUGUCUUGUUUGGGACGGCGUCAGUAUUUCGGUCAGAGCUGUAGAGAUGGGUGACCCUGUCGUGUGUACCUUAGUUUUAGUAAGGGACAUCUCUCUCUUUCUUUAACUCUCUCUCUCUCUGUCUCUCUCUCUCUCUCUCUCUCUCUCUGGCCCUUUAUUCUGGGUCCGCUCUGGUUUCUGCAACAGACAGGGAUCAACCUCGACACCGGUGAACGGAACUUGCACGUACUGUAAAUAUAUUUAACCAAACCCCCCCCCCCCGGCAGUGAUUUCGUCGAACAGCGUCUACCGCUGUCUGUAGCAGAUCCCAGCUGAAUCCGCGCUAGACAGAGAAAAACCUUGUUUGAUACAAAUUGUAUCAUGAACUAAGUCGCUGAUGUUCUAUACAGUACAUGGACUUGUUGACGUGUAUUUAUCAAACACUCUCUGUGUAUUACGUGAUGAUGAUGAAGUGCAUUGCCAACAUCUUUUAAUCUGAGCUUUGAGACAUUUACUUCAAAUAUGUUAUGAAGCAGGAGGAGUUGUGUGCCUACUAUGUUUAGGUGUUUCAACUUCUCUCUGUGCUUUUGGGUUUGAAGCUGGCUUUUAUUUUACAGGAGCUCCAGUUUAACUACCAGCGAGGACUGUUGUUUUGUUUCACUGGCUGACGGGACAAAACGGCUCAUUUGAGAAUCAAAGUGAAUAAGUUAAAGUUUGUUUAAGCCUUGAUGUGGAUAAGUCACAUUCUAAAACUGAUUUAUUAUCAGGGGCAAAUUAUUUCUAGAAAUCGUUAAUUUAGGGGAAAGACCCCAACAGUGUGUAAUGAGUUCAGUUUUCCAUUUGAGUCAAUCUCCGAUGGCGGCUAUUUUGAGUGUCUGCAACACUCAUUGGAAUUAUAAAUUAAUCCGUAAUUAAUUGAGUUGAACCCAAAAUCUCCGCCAAGGAACUUACCUCGACGCUGAGCUCGUCGUGCGGUUUAUCACAAGCCAGCUACGUAAAGCCCACUGGUUUCUUUCCUGUCCGACGUGUCACAUUGUACAACUGUCGACUGAGUGUACAACAACACGUGCUGUUGAUAUGAGGGAACCUUUGUGUGUAUCGAAGCGCCUCCUCUCUGGCCUCCUGACACCGUGUGUCAGCGUGGCACCUGAGCGUGGGCCCAAAGUAAUGCCUCUUCAUGGCAUUGUGCUUAUGACACAUCCAAUACUCUGAACUAUGUUCAGCUAACUGUUAUGCAUGUUUUGAUUUGUUUUGAUUUCUGCGUGUAUUUAAUUUGUGUACAAAGCUGUGUGUUUUGCAUUUAUGACCCAUCUGUGGUACUUGAUGCUCGCUGUUGAGAAGCUUCUGGGUUCAAUUGUACACAAGCGUGGUUGUUAAUGUUUUCUUUGUUAAUGUGUCAUUUCGUAAAGUGUUAGUGUUUGGUGAAGCACCCAUCUUUAUAAAUAUUUAAGUCAGGGCAGAAAGCUAUCUUGUUUUCUGUAGGAUCAGGAAGCUUGGUCCAACAUUGUUUUUUUUUGAAGUGCACUCUUCCAUAGAUGGUGAUCGUAAAUUAUAAAUUGACCUGUUUGCUCUAGAUGUUUCAAAUCUAUACAGAAUCAAAGUCCUUUAUUUCAAACUCGAUCUACAUUUUGCCAGUAGAAAUACAGCAUAACUGUUUGUAAGAUUCUCAACUGUACUUGUGAUUGUUCAUUAAAGUGAGUACCGCUA